CACUGGGCUUUCUUAUCCUUGGGUUUUCUGCCUUUGCUGCGUCCGAAAAAAGCUCUACCAUUUUCCUCUACCAGGCUCGGGCGAGAUAUUAUAAUGGAAGCAUUUCACUGGUUCAUGCCCAUUACGAAACCUCUCUAUCAUCCAGAAAUCAGGCUCUUCCGCCCGGCCAAAUCUUGGUCUUCCAAAAUUGCGCGCCUUAUUAUCCCGAAUUUGGCUGAUGAAAGAACCCGGUUGAAUUCCGUUGACGCUAAGGCCAGUGUUUCGGCUUCUUCUUCCGAUGAAAAAUCCAUGAAAUCCGAUUUCCAUGUUCGCUUCCGUCAAAGAGAAGGAGAAGAAAGUGAGAGGAGUAGAAUUGAGGAGGAAGUACGGGAGGCGUCGGAGGAAACCCUCGAGUGGCGUUCAGUAUGUUCGCAGCUCUCUGCUUUUGCUUCGACGGCCGCUGGCCGCGAGGUUUGCCGGAGUGGGAGGCUUCGGGUCGGCGGGGACCAAGCCGAGAGCCAGAAGCUAUUGGAUCAGACGGCGGCAGCGGUCUUGCUACCGGAGAAGUUGGAUUUUUCCGAUGUUGAUGAUGUGUCUGAGCUUGUGAGGACGGCUGUUGAUGGAGAGCCUCUCACUGUUCGGGAGCUAUGUGCUGUUUGGAGGAGCCUUACGUCUGCAAGAGAACUUUUGGGGCAAUUGGUGAGGGUUUCAUCAAUCGGGGAGCCUUCUGAUAGGUACUUUCCUCUUGCUGAUAUUCUUCAAAACUGUGAUUUUCUGACAGAAUUGGUGAAUAAGAUGACAUUUUGCUUUGAUUGUAAUCUCUUUGUAAUUUUGGACCGGGCUAGCGCUAGGUUAGCUGCCAUCAGAUUAGAAAGGAGACACAACAUGGAUAAAAUGGAAGAGCUUUUGAAGGAGGAGUCCAUUAAAGUUUUUCAGGCUGGUGGCAUUGAUAGCCCAUUAAUAACCAAGCGUCGAACCAGGAUGUGUAUUGGUGUGAAGUCUUCAUACAAAUCAUUGCUUCCUGAAGGUGUUGUACUGAGUGUGAGUAGUUCUGGGGCAACAUACUUUAUGGAACCAAAAGGUGCAAUUCAACUGAACAAUUCUGAAGUAAUGCUUUCAAACUCUGAAAAAGCUGAAGAGCUUGCUAUUCUGCGCAUCCUUACUUCUGAAAUAGCAGAGUCAGAAGCCAGUAUCAUGCGUUUGAUGGAGAAGAUUCUGGAACUAGAUCUUGCUUGUGCUAGGGGUGCAUAUGCCCUGUGGAUGGAUGGGGUGUGCCCAUCUUUCGUUGACGACAAUGACAGGGAUAAAUUAAAUGGAAAUAUGCUCUCUGUUGACAUUGAAGGCAUUCAUCAUCCUUUGCUCCUUGAGCCUUUUCUUACACGUUCAUCUUCUGGUUUGUUUUCAGUAGUUGGGAGCCAAAAGAUGCUGAGAAUGGAGGAUUGCAUAUCACAAACUAGGACUAAAUCUGAAUCUCCCGUUCCUGUAGAUAUCAAAAUAAGAGCUUCCAAAAAGGUAGUUGUGAUUUCAGGACCUAAUACUGGAGGAAAAACUGCAACCUUGAAAACCUUGGGCUUGGCAUCUUUAAUGUCAAAGGCAGGCAUGUUUCUUCCGGCAAAGAAAAAACCUAGGAUUCCAUGGUUUGAUCAAAUUCUUGCAGAUAUUGGUGACCACCAGUCUCUGGAGCAUAACCUUUCUACCUUCAGUGGGCAUAUCUCACGUAUCUGCAAAAUAAUACAAGUUUGUACGAAAGAAUCACUUGUUCUCAUAGAUGAGAUCGGAAGUGGUACUGACCCUUCAGAAGGUGUGGCCCUCUCCUCCAGCAUACUGCAGCACCUUGCUGAAUGUGUCAAUCUGUUGGUGGUAACCACCCAUUAUGCAGAUUUAAGUCUCCUCAAAACCACUGAUUCUAGAUUUGACAAUGCAGCAAUGGAGUUUUGUAUAGACACCCUGCAACCCACAUAUCGCGUUUUGUGGGGAAGUACUGGUAACUCAAAUGCCUUAAGUAUUGCCAAGUCAAUUGGUUUUGAGCAGGAAGUGCUGGACCGUGCUCAAGAGUGGGCUAUGAAGUUAGCUCCUGACAAACAAACGGAAUGGCAGGGUUUGCUUUACCAAUCUUUAGUGGGAGAGAGAAGUGUAUUGGAGUACCAAGCAAAAGAAGCUGCUUCUCUUUUUUUAGAUGUUAAGAAGCUUUACUUUGAGAUCCAAGCUGAGGCUCAAGACCUUAGCACACGCGAGAUGGCUCUUAAGGCAAAUGAAUCUAGAAAUUUGCAGCAGGAGCUAACAUCUGCAAGGUCUCAAUUGGAAGCAGUCAUCAAGAAUUUUGAAGAUCAGCUCCAAACUGCAAACCCGGAUCAGUUCAAUUCAAUUCUGAGAAAAUCAGAGUCUAAAAUUGCCUCAAUUGCUGCAGCUUAUCAGCCAACAUUUAACGAUACAUCUGAAGAAGAAGACAGAAAUAGCUUAUAUACGCCAGAAAUUGGUGAAAGAGUUUAUGUGAAGGGAUUUGGUGAUAAGGUAGCUAUUGUCAUUGAAGAACCAACAGAAGAUGGCAUUACCACGGUACAAUGUGGGAAAAUAAAAGUCCGUGUGAAGAAAAAUGACAUGAGACCAGUCCGAACCAGUACAAAGGGUAGGGCAACUAGUUCAGGCUUUCAACUAAGAGAGCAGGAGCAAAAUAAGCAGUUCAUAGAAUCCCCAAAGGAUGAACAGAAUGAGGGAGAGGUUUCUUUUGGGCCAGCAGUUAGGACAUCGAAGAACACAGUCGACUUGCGUGGCUUGAGAAUCGAUGAAGCUUCACAUAAGCUUCAGAUAGCCAUUGCAGGAUGUAAAUCUCACUCAGUUCUCUUCAUCAUUCAUGGGAUGGGUACAGGUGCUGUUAAGGAGUGUGCGCUCGGCAUUCUUCGAAGUCAUCCUCGUGUAAAUAGAUUUGAAGAAGAAAGCCCAAUGAACUUUGGCUGCACGCUUGCUUACAUCAGAUAGAACUAUUCUGAGUUUUGAUCAAUAUUCUGUUCUCUUAAAACUCCAAAUAGUGCUCUGUCAGUGGUGAGUGCUCUGUGUCAGAAACAGAAAUGUUGAUGAAUGUUUGCUGAUGAGAAAUUGGGGUUUCAGGAUAGCUUGACACCUUGGUUCAAUUUAAGAUACGAGAUAGUUUUUGAUAUAUGUUUUUUAAGUAGUUAUAAUAUGUUAUGUAUUUUGUAGGGUAAUUCGCUAUUCAGCUAUACAAAAUUAAUUUUACGAUAUAAAAAAAUUAUUUUGCAGAAUUA